UUCCAGUUCCAAUCCAACAACAGUUCGUCUGUUGCAAGUUUGUCAAACGAGGUUCGUGUCCGCGUAUGCUUGUUUCUGUCGAGUUUUGAUAAAUCUGGUUUGUGUUAGUAUGAAGUUGUGCUUGUGAAUCUAGAUUAGCUACGCACAUGUCUGUGUGAAAUAUCAAAGUGGUAGUUUGUUUUCGUACUUCGACGAACGAGGUAAUGUGGGUGACAGUGCUUUGUUGUGCCGUUUCAGUGUAAACAUGGGGAGUACUCAGAGUUCGAAAGUUGAAAAUCCUCCUCUUCCAGUUGAGUACCCAAGAACUAACAAUGUUAGGGCCAGCAUACGAUCGGCAAGAGUGCCGAUGCCAGACCAGAAUGAACUUGAGAGAAGGUUCAACAAAGUUUUGGCCUCCAUGGACCUUCCUCCUGACAAAGCCAGGGUCCUCAGGCAAUACGAUGACGAGAAGAAGUGGGAUAUCAUCUGUGAUCAGGAGAGAGUACAAGCCAAGGACCCACCGGCCCACUAUCUCAACAAACUGCGGACAUACUUGGACCCUACGGCAUCUCGGAGCUCUAGGUUUUUACUGUUGCAGAAACGAAAGAUAGUUGGGGACGCAACAUCGACACAAGUCCUGAAAGAUUUGGAAAUUUCUCUGAGGACUAACCACAUAGAAUGGGUGCGAGAGUUCCUCAACGAACACAAUCAAGGACUGAACUCACUUGUGGACUACCUGAGCUUCCGACUAAUCAUGUUACGGCACGAGCAAGAGUCCCGAUCGCCAUCCGAGGAGAGAAUCAACGCUUCUAUCAACGGCAGUGCCGGUGCUGGGGUGUGUUCUCUCCUGUCAGCCACUCUACCCAGCAGCCACUGUCGGACGCCGCUCGAGCCACUCGACUCCCCCGACGUGCGGAAACGCUCGCGUCACGCAGCCAGACUACGGAUGGGCGACCCUCGAGAUGACAUUCACGUCUGCAUCAUGUGUCUGCGGGCAAUCAUGAACAACAAGUACGGAUUCAAUAUGGUGAUUCAGCACACGGAAGCAAUAAACAGCAUCGCCCUUAGUCUGAUACAUAAGAGCUUGAGGACAAAAGCUCUGGUCCUGGAGCUGUUGGCGGCCAUCUGUCUAGUCAAAGGAGGACACGAGAUCAUCUUGUCCGCCUUUGACAACUUCAAGGAGGUCUGCCAUGAGAAGAGACGCUUCCAGACACUCAUGGAGUACUUCAUCAACUAUGAAGUGUUUCACAUUGAGUUCAUGGUGGCGUGCAUGCAGUUCAUCAACAUCAUUGUCCAUUCCGUGGAAGACAUGAACUACAGGGUACAUCUCCAGUACGAGUUUACCAAACUGGGCCUGGACGAGUACCUGGAGAGGUUGCGCAACACGGAGAGCGAAGAUCUCAAGGUACAAUUCUCUGCUUACCUAGACAAUGUGUUUGAUGUGGCCGCUCUCAUGGAAGACAGUGAGACGAAAACCACAGCGUUGGAGAGGGUUGCCGAGCUUGAGGAUGAAGUUAGCCAUGCUCAUGACAGGCUGGCAGAGAUGGAGAGGGAGAGCCUGGCGCAGUUGGCCACACUGGAGGCGGCGCUGGGGGCGGCCAGGUCGGAGCUGGAGGAGGUCAACGAGGGACGGCGCAAGGUGGAGGAAGAGGUACAUACCCUGAGGAAACAGGUCCACUCCCAGAGCAGACAGUCCAGCAUGCUGGAGGACAAGAUACAGGAGCUCAUCUCCAGGACAUCUCCUGACUCUGGUGUCAGCAGUGCUCUGUCGUCUUGUUCGACAUCCUCCACCAGUUCCUGCAAUAGCAACUCCACCCCUGCCCCGCCACCCCCACCAGCAGUCAUUUCACCGCCUCCCCCUCCCCCACCACCUUGUAAAGCCUUCUCCCCACCUGCCCCUCCACCACCUGUCGGCAUGAUGCUGCCACCCGGGGAUGCUACGACCAUCAAACGCAAAGUCCAGACCAAAUACAAGCUGCCUUCGCUCAACUGGAUCGCACUCAAACCAAACCAGGUGCGUGGAACACUGUUCAACGAGUUGGACGAUGACAAGUUGUACAAGGUAAUAGACUUUGCGGAGUUCGAGGAGAUGUUCAAGCUGCCUGGUAGCGGCGGCAACAUGCUGACCAACGGUUCUCACGAGGUGGACGGGCUCGGGCUGUCGUCACAAGCGAGCAAGCGGUUCAAGAAACCUGAGACUGUCUCACUGUUGGAGCACACUAGGCUGAGAAAUAUCGCCAUCUCUAGGCGGAAGAUAGAGAUGCCAGUUGAUAAAGUGAUUGCAGCCGUUAAUGCUCUAGAUUUGAAACAAGUUUCUCUGGAAAACGUCGAACUGCUUCAACGAAUGGUUCCCACCGAUCAAGAAGCCAAGGCGUACCGGGAGUACCAGCUGGAGAAGAAGGACAUUUGCUUGUUGACUGAGGAGGACAGGUUCCUUAUGCAGCUUACUAGGGUGGAGCGGCUGUCCAGCAAACUGGCCAUCAUGGCGUACAUGGGCAACUUCCUGGACAAUGUGCACCUUAUUACACCGCAAGUGCAUGCAAUCAUCUCAGCCUCAUCGUCAGUACGAACAUCGCAGAAGCUGCGGCGAGUGCUUGAAGUUGUUCUGGCUUUUGGCAACUACCUCAACAGUGCCAAGCGAGGACCAGCCUACGGCUUUAAGCUGCAGUCGCUAGACACAUUAGGUGACACAAAGAGCAGUGACAAGCGAUGCUCCUUGCUGCAUUUCAUCGUAGACACCAUCAGAGAGAAGUUCCCGGAGCUGCGUAACUUUGACACAGAACUGCUGCAUGUCGACAAGGCAGCCAUGGCGUCACUCGAGACAAUAGUGGCGGACGUGGCAGAGCUGGAGAAAGGCAUGGAGGCUGUGCGCAAGGAGUGCAGCAAGGAGCGUGCCAACGCCACGGUGCUCACCGACUUCCUCACAAACUCGGAGGAGAAACUGAAGAGGCUCAAGGCGGAGACCAAGCUUGCGCAGGACAACUUCAAGGAGUGUCUCGAGUACUUCGGAGAGUCCACUCGCACAUCGGACGCCAACACGUUCUUCUUACUGUUCGUCAGGUUCAUCCGUGCGUUCAAGGCGGCAGAACAAGAGAACGAACAGAGGCGGAGGCUAGAAAUGGCCGCUGCUCAGUCCAUGCAGAACAACAAUUCCGAAGAAGUCAUCAAACGCAACAAGCUCAAUCAGAAAAGACAGCAGGACGCAGUGAUCAGCGAGCUGAAGACCAAGUCUCGUCUGGUACAGGAGAAGAAGCUGUUGCACCAGGACGAGGUGUACAACGGUGCCUUGGAGGACAUACUGUUGGGACUGAAGAGCGAGCCGUACCGUCGGGCGGACGCGGUGAGACGCAGCCAACGGAGACGGAUAGACAGCAACCGGCUCAGCCGCACACAGGACGAGCUCGAGAUAUGAGAUAGAUGAGCUUGAUGUCGAUUGAAUCCAAAACGAGAGACGGACGUGCCUUCACAGCCUAUCUUGCCUUUUGAAAAGACUGCUGAAUCAUCUACGCACAUUCCAAGCACAACUCAAGUUUUAUACAUGUAGUCUUGUUUGUCCAAUUGUGACAGUCUAACAUUUUAGACUUGAUUACUUCACUAUUUGUGACGUACACUUUUUAAUCUACCGGUAUAUUGUGUUUACAAUUUAAGCACUGCAAUAAUCUUUUGAUUAUGGCGUAAAGUUAUGUACAAAUUUUGUGCAAUUGAUUCACAGUGGACAAAUUAAUAUAUACUUGGCUUGAAAAGUAUCUUAUGUAUUAGGCUUAAUAUUAGAGCUUAUAAAAUUUUGUAUUCAUAAACUUUUUUACAACUUAACAACGCACAAUUGAAACUAUUGAAUGAAACAAAUAAGAAUAAGCAGAAGGCCUUAGUGCACAGUAUUCUUUUUUGCAAAAAACAUAUUUUUGUACAUAUUUGGGAUUUAUUUUUUUACGGAAGGUAGUUUUAAAUACUAACCUUGAAAUUUACUAAUAAUUAUAAAUAAGAAUAUGCAUAAGGCAUUUUACACAGUAUUUUUCAAAACAAGAAAGAUAUUUUUGCAUAUAUUAGGGAUACAUUUUUACGGAAGACAAUUUUAAAUUAAAAAUUUUGAUGCUUUAUUUUAUUACAGGUUACCAAAGAGAAAUAUGUUUUAUAAUUCGUUUAGUAACUUGUUGGCUAAUUGUGUAUCUUAAACUGAUUUCUAACUAUAAUAUUUGAACUUGCUAGUAAUGCCUAAAUAAACGGAUCUGAAUGGGAUAUUUUAGAUCUAUGAAGACAUGAUCUUAUUCGCUUUGCCUUAUAACAACUAUUGUUAGAGAGAGCUAUUUAACAGCAUAAAUUAGUGUUAAUUUAAGUUUUGUUGGUUAAGUUACUCCAUGUGAAGUACUUUAUAAGUAAAUAUUUCUUUCAAUAGAAUGAAUGACUAAGUCCGACAAGGACUUUGAAUGUAGGUCUAAUAAUGCUUUAAUCAUUCAUUUAACGAUUUUUUUAAAUACAGUUCUCACAAACUUUGUCAAUUAAAGAGCUGUCAUAAUUGUUUAUAUUUGCAUUUGGAAGUACACAUUCCACAACUUUGUACAAAUGUACUAUAUUGGAUUAAGUUACCUGGGCUCCUUUUGAUGCCAUGCAUUCAUUUCAUUAGACAAUGAAUCUCAUAUUUACUUGAUUGGUUUGUAAUAAGUGACGCUUGUUGCACAAUGAUCUUAUAGCAAUUUUGUAGUAUAGAUUUAUUAUAGUUAUUCAUGUAGAAUUGCUUUAAAUAUUUAUUUCUAUGGUGCUAUUCCGAGUUGUAUUUCAAUUUGUAAUUUGUUGCCAAAAGAGAGAUUAUGAAUUUAAUUUAUACAUAAUAAAAAGCGUUGUAACAUGACAUGAUUUUCAAACUUUCAGUUCUAAUCAAAACAGCCAAAUUUUGUAAUUUUUGUACAUUAAGGAUUUGUAUAAAGGCCCAAGUUUAUAGUUUUUAGUAAGAUUAUUUUUGUACAUGUUGUAUAGAUAAAUUGUGAUUUAUAUUUUGUAGUUAUGUAAAUAAGACAUUCCUUAUUAUAUUAUGU